AAGAGGAUACUUCCCCAAUACGACGUCGUCACGUUCCGAGCUAUUGAAGAGUUAUAGCGUGGUUAAAGCCGAAAGGAACAGCCACCUCUGUGUGUUCCCCCGCUAAUUCGUAAAGAGCGCCAUCUCUGAUUCCCACAAGCCAUUCGAUCCCUCUAAACCCAUUUUGGAUCAACUCAGCUCCCUAAUUGUUCAUAAUGGUUGCCGCUGCUUUUCGCCACCCCGUUGGGAUCAUUCAGCUCCAUGGUUCUCUUAGUGAUGCUGGUUCUGCUAGCAAAUGUGGGCAUUCUUCUUUCAGAUUUAUCUCCAAGAAUUUUGCAGUUGAUGUUGCUUUGCUUGGAAAAGGACAUUGUAGCUAUAGACAGGGUCAACAGCAUGUAGUUCGUGCAUUAUCUUCUCAGGCUCAAACUACUUGUCCAAGUUCAUCCAGCUCCCAUGUUGAGAGUGCUUUGAUAUUAAUUCGUCAUGGCGAAUCUAUGUGGAAUGAGAAGAACUUGUUCACUGGUUGUGUUGAUGUGCCUUUAACAAAGAGAGGUGUAGAUGAAGCAAUAGAAGCUGGUAAGAGAAUUAGCAACAUCCCUGUAGAUAUGAUUUAUACAUCUUCGCUGAUUCGUGCACAGAUGACAGCCAUGCUUACCAUGACCCAACACCACUGCAAGAAGGUUCCAAUCAUUAUGCACAACGAGAAUCGACAGGCAAAGUCAUGGAGUCAAAUCUACAGUGAAGAUACUGAGAAGCAAUCAAUUCCAGUUAUAACUGCUUGGCAAUUGAAUGAAAGAAUGUAUGGUGAAUUACAGGGUCUCAAUAAGCUAGAGACAGCUGAAAGAUAUGGAAAGGAACAAGUGCAUGAGUGGCGUAGGAGUUACAAUAGUCCUCCUCCCAAUGGUGAGAGCUUGGAAAUGUGUUCCCAUAGAGCUGUAGCUUAUUUUAAAGACCAUAUUCAACCACAACUACAAUCUGGAAGGCAUGUGAUGGUUGCUGCCCAUGGGAAUUCAUUAAGGUCUAUAAUCAUGUAUCUCGAGAAUUUAACUUCUCUAGAGGUUGUUAACUUAGAAUUACCAACUGGGCUACCACUGCUUUAUAUCUAUAAGGAGGGGAAAUUUAUGAGGAGGGGAAGUCCAGUUGGACCUACAGAAGCUGGUGUUUAUGCUUAUACUGAGAGCUUGGCCCUUUACAAGCAAACGUUGGAUGAAAAGUUGUAUUGAACCAUAUGAAAACAGAGGCAACCUAUUUUUACUCGGACUCAGGAGCGUAUGAAACAAUUGAAUCCCAUAUGCAGUGAGUUCCAUGCAUGUAUAAAAUUACAUGCCGCUGAUUAAAUGUCAAACUCAGACACUGAACAUUACGAACCGGCCUUGCUGUGAAAGAUUUUGUAGAACAAAAGGUUACAUCAUACUUAAUGGCGUUGAUCUCAUAACCAUCGUGUUAGAAUUUGGUAAUCUUACUCAUUUUCAAUGACUUUACUAGGUAGGCAAUGGUUGACAAUCUCAGAAGUAGAUUUCUACUUUUCAAAUUGGAGCUGUAAUUUUAUUUGACAACUUUGCUAGUAAAAUAACUGCAUCCAACUAUGUCAGAGAAACUGAAGCAUGGCUCAAUUUGAUUGUCGGGAAUCUCAUAGAAAGGAUUAUGAGUGUCCGACUUCAUUC